GUGUCGUGUGCGGUUCUGCCGCAGAACAGUAUUAGUGGAGGAAAUAUUUUCAUAAAGCCUGUUGUUUUUAUACGAUUUUACAUAGAUAAAAACAGUACAAAUAUUAAAAAAGACUGACGUGCGGUGUUUUGUGGGAUUUUCAAUUGUUUUGGGCGUUUUGACAUCUGUCAAAGUAAAGGAGGGCGUAUUCAUUGCCAAGGAAAAUCCGAAUUCCUUCGCUGGUUAUUUAAAUAACUGUUCCGAGUGUUGAAAAUAGUGCCUUUUCACGACAAAUGUACGCGAAAUCGGAGAUUUCCCUGAGGCUUUAAGAUUAGCAACAAGAUUUCAUACAGAACUAAGAGCAGUAACGGAGGAGGAGGAGGCGGAGUCGGCGGCUCGCGAGGCGGCGGCGCGUCUUCGUACGCGGCGGCGGGGGGCGCCCCCAAGGGCGGCGGCGCAGGCGGCGGUUGCACGACGUCCGCGGGCGUAGGCGCUUGCUCGCAGCAGCAGCAGGGCGGCAGCGCCAUGGCCACACAACACCAGACGUCGGUCGGCUAUCAUCGCGGCCAGUGGAACAACGUGGGCGCCGGCCAUCAGCAUCCGUCGGCGGCGGCGGCUGCGGCCGCCACGCCUCAAGCGCCCGCCACCUUCUACAGGUACUCGCAGGUGGCGGCCGCUCAACAGCAACAGCAGCAAAACGGACCCCAGCAAAUGGGCGCAUACGCCGCCUACACCAACAGCUCGUACAGCAACCCGCGCGAGGCGGCGACGGCGGCCACGUCCCCAUCGAACGAGAGCAGCGCGAGCAGCUCGAACACCGGAGGCGGCGGCAACGGUACGUCACAACAGACGACGUCGGGCGGUGCCCUGGGCGCCACCGGUGGCGGCGCCAUGGCCCAGAACGCCAACGGAUCCGCAUCGACGGCGUCGUCGUCGACGGGUGGUGGAGGCGGCGGCGGCGCUGGAGGCUCCGAACAGCUCAGCAAAACGAACCUGUACAUCAGGGGGUUGAACCCCACCACCACGGACAGGGACCUAGUGAUCAUGUGCCAAGGAUACGGCAACAUAAUCUCCACCAAAGCAAUUCUAGAUAAAAACACUAACAAAUGUAAAGGUUACGGAUUCGUGGACUUCGAGAGUCCGACAGCGGCCGAGGCAGCUGUUAAGGCCCUGACGGCCAAAAGCAUUCAGGCUCAAAUGGCGAAAGUGGGUAUCUGGGUACACCGUAGAGCAGCCACUCAACAAGAACAGGACCCCACCAACUUAUACAUAGCCAAUCUGCCCACGAGCUACAAGGAAGCUGAUCUGGACACCAUGCUAUCCAAAUAUGGCCAAGUGAUAUCCACAAGGAUCCUGCGCGAUUCGUCUGGUUUCUCGAAGGGUGUGGGUUUUGCUCGUAUGGAGAGCAAGGAGCGCUGCGAGCAAAUAAUCCACGCAAUGAACGGCAGCAUAUGCGGUGGCGGCAAGGAGCCGUUACUCGUUAAAUUCGCCGACGGCGGUAACAAGAAAAAGGUCUACAAGACGAACGAGGGGGCGAAGAUGUGGCGCGACGGGACUGAAGCCAUGUCGGCUGUCGCCUACGACGCCAGUACUCUCGCCUCUAACGGCGUCGCCUCGCAACAAGUAAUGUUGCCGCAAUAUCAUCGAUACAAUCAGUACACGCCGCAGUACACGUACGUACCGUACGGCAUGUUCCCGCACGUGCCGCUGGACGAGACCGGCUACAACAUACCGGCGCACCUCUCGCAAUACAAAAACGACGGACCGCCUCCACGUGCACCCAUUCCCUACGUCAUGCCGACGUCGGAGACCGUCUCCUACACGGCCAACAUGAUACCUCAGCUGACGGCACAGUUGGGUGCGAUGACGCUGAACAACCAGUACAUGAACCCGCCGUACCCGUUCUAUCCACAGAUCGUGCACGCCGUGCCCGUCGAGUCGGAGCACACGUCGAACGCGGCCAGUCCCGAGGACCCGUACCAGACGUACCAGGGCGGGCCGCCGCCCAAGUAGGAGACGGCCGGUGGGAGGGGCGGGGCCCCGUCGCGGCGUCAUCGCCGUCCCCGUUGCUAGAGGAGAUGAGGAGGAGGAAGAGGCCGCGUUGUGUUGUGUGUUUAUGUUCGGUUCGCCAGCGAUUUGUACAUAACCGGGUUUGGGAAGGCGGCACUUCACCGUGUCUUAUUUUUCAUAGUAGGGAUUAGUUAUUUAUACACAACUACACACCAAACACAACACACACACACAAAAACACACACGUUUGAGGACGAGGAGUUUAGGUGACGGCCGCGCGUCCAAAUCGGCCCGCAACACAAACACACACUGACGUUCGAUUCGUUCUUUUCGUUCUUAACAUUUAAGUGUAAUUAAGUUCUUGUUUUUGUUUUUUUUUUAUUUUUUAUUUUUUAUUUUAUUUGUUUUGCUGCUGUUUGCGUUCCGGUCGAUAAUUGAUCGUUCUGUUUUUCGCUUUUUUUUGUAACUAAUUACAAAGGACUGAUUAAACAAACAAACAAAAAAAAAAAGUUGUAAAGUAGGUAUUUUUGAUACACUAUGUUCCUAGUUUCGUGGAGAAAGAAAGAAGAAAAACGUGCAGGCGUGCAACGCACACGGGCGUUAGUUUCGCGCCUUUCUGUCGUUCCGCCUCACACACAUUGUAUUAAAAAUAUGUAUCACGAUAAAACCGUUGUCCGGACUUUGAUCGACCAUUCCUUCUAUUAAUUUCCUUUUCGUUAAGGGACUAGAAUUGUAUAUAUUUAGCGUCGAUUGUGCCGGACUGAGCGCGCAAAAAAAAAUUAUACAUUAGGUUAGAGUUUUUAGAAACAGAAUGAACCAAAAGUAGUGGAUCGAGAUCAGUUUUACAAGAAAACGGGGGACAGUGUGUUCUUGUCCCAAAACUGGCGUAUUGCUCUGUAGCUAGGCUUAUUUAUAAAUUUUAUUGGGGCGACUACAUGAAUUUUAGGAAUUUAUUUAAGAUCCCGCGGGAUCGCUUAGGAGAUAAAUAAAUAAAAAAACGCUUCAUUUAGACGCUCCAGGAUUACAGCAGUAAAAUGAGAUUGAUCUUCCCAAAUGUCGCAAUGGCAUUAAUAGGAUAGGUAAAAUGUAAUUUUAUUUUUUGAAGAUCUAUAUAGGUAGUUGUUGAAAAACUGCUCAUUGAAGAAGAAAUCAAACAGUAUCUUCCUAAAUAUUACCAUCUUAUACAAACAUAUAAAAACUUCCAAAUGUUGUCUUUUUACACGUUUGUUUUUUUGUUUUAUUUUUCUUUUUAAGAUAUAGAUUUUUUAUUUAUUCCGGACGUGGGGUGCGCGCCGCACGAGACAUAUUUUAAAUAAAUUUUUAACAUGUUUAUACAGAACGUCGUGCAGCGUGCACCUCACCAAUUAAUUGUAUAUUUUAGCGGUGCCAACAGAAACGAAACCCGAUAUAAAAUAAUCCUAUUGUGCACAGAACGAGGUCGGGAUCGUUUCCUUUGGCGACGCGUUCCCCCAAAUGUUGUUAACGACAUUCCAAAAUGUCCUAUAUUUAUAUUUAUUUUAAAUUUUAUUUUCAUUUGACAAAGUCUCCCGUCUUUUUUAUGUACAGUCUAUAUUAUAUGUUAUAGUGCAAUUGUUUUUUUUUUUAUUUAGAUUUAUUUAUAUUGAAACGCAUAGUAAUGGGAUUCUUUUUUAAAUGGACUGACGAUUAUUUAAAAGGAAAACGCGCGCGACUGAAACUGGCCGCGCGGGCGGCACGUCCGAGCUGUGAUUCUGUAAACUGUCAAGUCAUUUUACUUGUAUAUUGUGUAACCCCCCGCGUAUUACCCGAGGCCGACCACCCCGCGUCCAGUUUCAGUUGCCUUCUCGAUGUUUUUAUACAUUAAACACAAAUUUCGUUCUGCUAAAGAUGAGACAUAGCCUUCGAAAAAUACGUUUUUUAAUAGAGGCUAAGCCCGAACGAAAACCAGGCCGGUAUAUAUUUUUUUAAAGAGAUAAGAACGUGGGGAUCAUACCGUGAGAUGGAACGACGAAAGAAAUGCCGCUUCUGUAAUUUUCGGAUAUGAAUUUGUUGUUGUUUAUUUUGUUGUUGGGAUUUGUUGCACGUUGUGAGAGAGAGAUAGAGUUUAUCGUUUGGUUUUCGGGCGGGCCCACUGUUUUUGAAUGGGUCUAUAGUAUGAAAUGUAACUGUGCCUUUCAGAAAAUGUCCAUAACAGGGAUAUACUGAAAAAAAUAUUUUAAUAUAUUUUUUUAAAAAUCGGUGUGCGCAUGACCGAUACCAAAUUUUUAAAAUGAAAACAUCUAUAGUUGUUCUGUGUUGUAGCAGUUUGUAUGUUUUUCCGUUCCUUCGUCAAUAUUUAAUGGAUUAUAAUUAAAAGUAAUGAAUAACUGAACUACUAGCACCGCGAACGGUCACCGAACAACCAAACGAACCGUUCCCGGUGCCCGACUUUGUUUUUGGGGGCCAGGGUAACAUAUUUAAAGCAACUAUUAACGACACGACGCUAUUGCGAUUGUUUGUGUCUUAGGCACGUGAACCCUCCAUCCAAAUUUCCAGUGGCUUUUAAGUCGUCCCUGAUCGAUUGAUUCGGUUUUGGGGCGAGGGUUUUUUUUUGGAAAUUUUACUCGACUUGCGUCGUACGGUCGCCGUCUGUUGACACGUCUGCCAUAAAAUCGAAUAUUAAUAAAAAUGAAAUAAAUAAAAGUAAUAUUUGUAGUGUUUUGAGAAUAUAUUCAUAUAUCGUAGACAAUAACCAGAUGAAGAUUUGUUGCAUUUUGUUUGUUCACGUAUAUUUACAUAUCAAUUGGAUUGGUGAAGCCGUGUGGCCAAAAAGAAAAACAUUAUUGGUUUUGUAUUUAUUUAUUAUUUAUUGUGGAUUGUUAUCGAUUUUCAAAUUUUAUUUUUUUGUUAGAGAAAUAUAUUUUUUUAAAGGGUAUUUACAACCAGCUUUAAACGAAACGACUGAUUGUAGCUUUUGUUAGUUUCUAAAAGUUAUCGAGAUAUUAAAUAUGCCAAGUAAAAAGUAUGUUAGCUAAUAUAGGGUACUACUUAAAUAUUUAUUGACGAUGUGUAUGUAUCGUAUCUAGUAUUCGUGUGUGAAUGUUUGUAACUGCCUUUAAACAACAGACUGACUACAUACAAGAGAAAAAUAACGUUAUUUUUACAAAAAUGUAAAACGACUUAAUAAACUACACGUUUAAAUCAAAAAAAACGGGAUAAGUUUGUAGCGUUCACGUGUCAGCGGACGGCCACAGCACGACCGGAAUAGCUGAAACCAAAUAUUAUUAAAAAAACCGACAACCGAGUUUUGAGAAAGUCUGCACUAAAGCCGGCGUAGUUUUUAUCGUUUUCCGUUCGUCGAAUGAAACGACACGCGGCACAAACGUCGUUUUGUGCCGUGGUCCUUCGGUAGCACUAAAUUAGAUCUUAAAAAACAAGUAACAAUGAAGUCACACGACUACCUAUAAGUCAUUUCCGGCGCGCACACUCGCGUCGGAUACUGUAAAAAGUUAAAAAUGCUUCUAGUGUUAGAUUUCAGAACCGUAGACAUUAGGCAUAGAAUAAUGACUUAGCUGUUAAGUAAAAUAAAAACUGUAGGAUGUAGGAUAAAUAUAAGUAUUAAAAUUAAGGGGCCGCCCUCGCUCCGGUCCGGGUGUCGCCAUGUGUUUUUUCGUUAGUGUUUGUAUAAAAUAUAGAUAGAUAUAUUUGAGAUCGCGUCCGGCGCUCCGCGGCCGUUCUCCGGACGUAACAUUACGUUUUCGAUUUGCGUAACGGAGCACGGUCCCGUUCCGGACUCCCGAUCCGUUCUUUUAGUCAGGAUGGUGCCCGAUCCCUGGACCGGGCUCGAUCGCGGCCCGCCACAAGUUGAAAAUAUUAUUUAGGAUAAGUGAAUGUUUUAUAUUGUUAAUAAGUCCAAUUGCGUUUCUUGUUUUACAAUCUUUACUCUUUCCUUUUGUCUUUUGUAUUCCUUAGUUUUCCUGUGUUGGUAAAUUAAAUCUCUGUCCUGGAUUUUAA